AUGUCAUCCCAAACCCCACAGACAAAUCUGCCCAUAGAACGGUUUCGCCUUGAUGGAAUGAUGCUAUCAUGUGGAUUCUAUGGUGUGUUUUUGUUCGAAGACGACAAUGCGGAAGCUGACUUGCGUACCGCAAUAGGCAUGUUCUUUCUUCUUACAGUGCAAGCAUGGACUGCUCUCAUGCAGCAGCCUCGACUUGGAGGAAAAAUAGCAGAUAAUCGUCUCGCGCUUCUUUUCUACGUCUUCAUCACGUUCGCAUUGGGGACGAUAAGCACUGCUGUGAACGCAAAGUAUACAGAGAUGAUUUGGAUUGAUCUUCGUGAUGCACCUGGUGGUCCACUCGCGCUGAUCGAGGACUACAUGAGUUAUCGUAUCAACUUUAUAGGGCUUGCCACUGGUCACAUUCAGGAGUGGUUUAUGCAAGCUCUGCUCCUUCACCGAUGCUUUGUGAUAUGGAAUUGGUCAAGAUGGGUGAUGGUCCCGAUGAUCACACUCUAUGUUGCCAUGAUCGGUUUGUCUAUCACUGUCCUGAUCCAGGCGGUGACCAGUGGUUCAUAUUACAACAACCCCGCCGAGCUUGCCUACCUCUGCGCCGAAGUCGGGCAUACUGUGAUGUAUACCAUUCUCGUGACGAAUCGCUUGUUCGUCAUGCGAGGGCGCAUGCAGCAGAUUAUGGCACAAUAUGAUUCCAGCACAUAUGGUGCCAUCGCUCUCAUGGUCAUCGAGUCUGCAGCGUUAUACUCGGUCUCCGCUAUUGUUUUUAUAGUUGCCUUUGGUAUGCAAUCUUACGGUGUUACCACUCUAUGCUUCCUAUCUAUUGGUAAAAUCCAGGGCAUUGCCCAAUUGUUCAUCAUUAUUCGUGUUGCACGGGGGCGGGCAGUUACACGCGAGUGGUCGGCUCAAGGCACUGCAAUAACUACGUCUAUAGCAUUUACAGGGGCUGUAUCGGACAUUACAGAGGGAGCCGACAAUGAACAAAUGGGCAAGCCAGAGCGAGACGUCCAGUUGUGUGCUGAUUCCGAGAAGGCAGCGGAAAUUUCAGUGUCUGUAGCGUGA